AUGGCCAACUACAACGCAGCUUUUGAGCACCUCAUCGCAGAAUAUCGAAAGAAUCGCCCUCUCCUCACCAUCAACAACAUCUCUUUCAAAGCUACCCGGGCUGAAUUCGAGACCGCCGCUCGCGAAAAGUGUCGCAACCCCGACGCCUUGAUUUUUUUCUGGCCCCCAACUGAAUACAGCAACUUAAGACACAAGGGUUGCGUGCACCUGGGGCUUGAAACUCGCGAUCAUGCCACCAAACAGCAAGAACCACAGCCCCUGGACGGUAAAAUUCCCAUUCAAACCAUUUUGGCGGCCGCAUCAACUCCAGCAUUGGCACCCGCCCCAGCGUUUACGGUCACUUCGGCUCCAGUACUUCCCACCUUCGCUCCAGUUGAGGCUGCGGUCCCUCCUACCUCGCAAUACACAAAUGCUUCAACGCAAACCGACCAAAGUCAACAGCGCUGUUGCGAACACCGCUGUUCCAAUGAAACAACAGCUCCAAGCGAGCCUAACACUGUCAGUUGGGACAUGGGUUUCGGUUCCUAUUUUGGAAUCAAGGCAGAAGAUUGGGAGGAUCUUGAUGAAUUUAUGGACGACUAG